GCACAACACCGGGACCUCACCGGGACCUCACCGGGACCACAUGCUCAAUGGGAGAGGGAACAAUGUCGGAUCGCAUCGCUGCUCUGCGCUCAUUUCGACAAGCCUCUAAUGUAGACUAACAUUUGGAACGAUAAAGAUUCAAAUAAUUAAAAUAAAAGACAACGGUUGUACAAGCAAGCAACACUGCAUUUAACGGUAACGGGGAACUCCGAUACUGGCCUGCAAAGAUGGAGCUCACCACACAUCUGAUAAAUGAUACCAUUAAUUUAUAUAAAUGGGCCCUUACCAUCGCAGACAAACGAGUGGAGAAAUGGCCCCUGAUGGACAACCCCCUCCCAACGCUGGCCAUCAGUUCAUCCUACCUGCUGUUCCUGUGGCUGGGGCCCAAGUACAUGCAGAACAGAGAACCCUUCCAGCUCAAGAAGACACUCAUCCUCUACAACUUCAGCAUGGUCGUCUUCAACUUCUUCAUCUGCAAAGAGGUGGGGGACGUUUAAACUUUUAUUUAAAUCUCAUCUCAUCACAUCCAGAUACCAAAUAUUGUGUGUUUGCUGGUCUGGCCAGUUUCUCGAUUUAAUCUGUCACAAGAGACUGGAGACUAACUUAAAUCAACUUUCAUUGUCCUCCAAGAGUUGUUGAAUAUUAUAUACAGUGGGGC